ACAAGCGGCGUUCUCUUAAAUCACUCUUCUCUAAACCUGUGUAUUUUUUGGCUAAAAUGCUGUGAAAUUUUGCACAGCAUGUUGAGGAGAUUAUUGCUAAUUUCUGACGGUGUCUAUUCAACAGCAGCUGGCUAGCAAACGUAAACAGGGUGUCAAUGCGGCAAGUAGCGUUAGCUUCUUUUGCUUUAGCUAGCCACUUAGCCCGGGUGUCAGGUCAUGUUCACUGUUGUAUAUGUAUUUUUCCUUCUCUUUCUUUUCUACGUCGUGACAUACGGCUGUUGCUAAAGUAUAGGUUUGAAGGGAGAGGUUGUAUCCCGUGAUGACGUCACAUGGAGACAUUGUCAAUGGUGUAGUAUUUAACUGGUCCAUGCAGUUCUAACUGGACAUUUUCAACUGGUGGUUGGAUCAACUGGUGAUUCAUCCUCCGUCUGAUCUCCUCAAGUGUCAGCGAGAAUUCUUAUUCCUCAAAAGCCUGUGCCAACAUGGAGUAUCCUCCAAGUAAGCGACAUAGAGGAUCACACAAUGAAGAUCCAGCUGGGACAGACACCUUCGGAGACGAUGAAGACUUCACACAGGAUGACUUGGAGGAAAUUGACAUCAUUGCAUCACAGGCCAUCACAAGAGAUGGGCAAACUACAACCAGCAAGAGAAGUUUUGCAUCUUUUACCGUUUAUCCAGAGGAGACCAGAGCACCUGUAAGAGAGGGCAGGAAAACCUUCACCAUUGGAAACAGCCAUCUAAGCAGCAGCAUGGAGAACAACAUGGGACCUAAAAGAAAUGAUACAGCUGGAGGUGGCCAAGACCGAGAUGAGCUGUACUACAACCGCCUGGAAGCCCAGCAAGCAGAGCUAAAGAGGAAGCUGAAGGAGGUAGAAGAGCAGAUCCUGAUGAAGAAUGGUGAAAUCCGAGUCCUGCGAGACUCUCUCAGACUGGCCAAUCAGGAGAAGGAGCUGCAGCGACAGACUCAUCUCGAGCUGGAAAGAGACCGAGCUCAUGUCCAGAGUGAAAAAGAGAAGGAGCUUUCCAAGAAGGUGGAGUCGUUAAAGUCUGAGUUGCACUUUAAGGAAGCUGAGAUGAAUGAAAUGAAGAAUAAACUGCAGAGCUCUGAGCGUGGUGCGAAGGUAGUUGGCACUCCUAUAAGAAACAGUGGGAGCUCUCCUGGGAACCGUGCGUUUGUGACGAAGGAGUCUUUUUCAGCUGAGUUGCCUGGAAAACCAUCAGCAGCAGAAGUUCGGUGUACAGAUGGAGGGAAACAAAACCAAGAAAAAGAUUUUAAGGGGCACAUGAUCUCUGCUACAGCAAAUGGGCUUCAUCACAAAGGACCUGCGUUAUUGAAUCUGCUGCUUCAGCACCCUUUAGAGCCGAGCUCUUUAGGCAUCUGUCACUUGCUGUGCAUCAGUCCAGAUGCUCUACCUGUCAUAUUAACCCAGUCAGACUACCCCAGUCCGACAUCUUCAAGCGGUUCCAGGUCUUCCUCAACAGACAUCCGGUUGCUCCAUCAGCCUCGAGUGCACUUUUAUCAGCAUCAGAGGCUGGCUAUGUCAGGACUGGCCAUGCUAACACAUUGUGCCUCCACUCAGCUCCUUAAAAGAUCAUGCCCCCCUGCUGUUCAUUUUCUUCCUUUACUUCACUACCACAUCAGCCUUUAUUGUCAGACCCUCGAGACCAGUGACAAGUCAGGAAAGAGUCCACUUCGACCAAGUGCACUAUCAGGUGCAUCUGACAGCAGCUCUGCUUCCACGGUCGAGGAGUCUAUAGGUGUUCAAGAAGAAUUCGCUAUAGCAGCUAUAAAAGCUCUUUAUCACAUUGUGUGCGAAAGCAGCGAAGCCGUAAUCUCUGUCCUGGGAGGUCAAGAGAUAAAGGACUCAGAAAAGCCUGAUGAAAACCGAACCCACCACCCUGAGAGUACCGGGCACAGCAGCACUACAGAGAACCACAGUGAUGAUCCACAAUCCCACAGUGCUCUACUCAAGAUGCUCUUCCAGUUGGUGGAUGUGAAGUUUGUCAGUAAUGCAGGUCAGAGAGAAGUGGUGGUGAAUUGUAGUCUGAGGACUCUGUGUGCGCUGGCUGAAAGAGCAGAGGAGGAGAGUCAACUCUUGAGAUUUCAGGUGGUGUUGGAAAGUCAGACUGUGACCCAGAACUUGUCUUUGGACUCGCCAUACAGCACUGUUUGGCUUUUUGUGAGAUUUCUGGCACUUCUUGUGGAUUGUGACAAAAUAGCAAACAAGCUUUGCUCUCAUAAAUAUGUUUGCCCAUUUGCACGACUUUUCCAGUAUGUGACCUCCAGAUCAAAUAAAGUCAUUACUGAGGACAUGUGGUCACGUUUGGAAGUUGAGGUUUUCCGAUUGUUAACCAAACUGUUUACUCAGAAGACACUGACGUGGGCUGCUUUCAAUACUGAAUCAAGCUGCCUAUGCAGCAGUGAGGUGGUCCGGAUGGUGGUGCUGGUCUUACACAGACAGUGGCUGAGUAUCAAAGCUCAGGAGAAGCAAGUAGGCGGUAUUCAAACAUGGACGAGUCCAGGUGUUCACUCACUGAGGGAGACUCUUAUGUUACUGCACUGGCUGCUGCUGAACGACUCUUCUUUCUCAAUGCACUGUCUGGAUGUGUUGCACAUGUACCAUCAGAUCAUCCCAGGCAUCAGAGACACGCUCCGUAGGAUCCCUGACCUCACAGAGUGUGAAGAACUGGCUAUAGAGGAGAUCUGUCGACCAGACGCUGAGGAAGUGGAAGAUAUGGACAUUGACGCCGGUUCUUAAUUGCAAGUGAAAAUUUUCACAGACGCCAAGACAUGUUUCUCUGGGUUGUCUAGUGUAUUAGUGAGUCUGAUAAGAAUUGACACGUCCAGCUGCUCACUACGAUCCUUAAAGAAAAACUAAAAGUAGCUUUUUUGUGUUUUUAGUGAUAAGUUGUGCGACUGGUUUGAACAAUUUAUAAAUACCUAAACCUGUUAGUCUAUGAAUUUUAGCCUUUUCAUGUGCAUCAAACUGUACUUAUGGUAAAUAUUAGUCAUCUGAA